AAGGAAUAGACCGGUGAGGAACUUCCUUGACUUUCUAACCCCUGCCACCAUCCUCGAGCCUACUCCUAUUAUAGAUCCUACCUCUCCGCCUUCGGCUGCUUCUACUCGACUUACUAAAACUGAGCCUAAGUUGAUCAUCAUUCCAAACGACGAGGUUGAGGCGCCUACACACAACACAAUUGGACCUCACUUCUCAAUCAAAAAGUCCCUCAGCCUAUUCAUACUACUUCCAACAUUCUUCUCGACAUAA